AAUGCAAUCAUUUGAGAACGUGCACAUCAUGAAUGUACCUACAGAGCAGAAAUGAACAUUUGAAAUUGUCAAAUCUUGGCUCAACAAAGAACUGAUUAGCAUGUGAUACCAGGGAGCAAUUAAAAUGGUCCUCUGUAAUAGCUCCAUGGUGAUGCCUACAUGCCCAUGUACAUGCCCAUGUGCACUGCAAAUACAGAGGAACCAUUUAACUGGUUUGAAAGUGUCAUGAUUGCAGGCCAAUAUCAUGGUUAUAUAUCUGCUUGCAGGAAGUGAAUUUAUCUUGCAAUCGAAUGUACUGCAGAUUAAAGCAAUUCCCUUCCCACUAGUGCAUGUCGUGAUCCAUGGCUUUUGAGCAUCAACACCGAUGUGAGACCAAAAUAAUGGAGACACCUACUACAAGCAAGGUUGCCACAAUAAACCGCCUCUGUACCCAGUUACUGUAGAUAUGAAUCUUCCCGGGAGUUGGCUUCAGUGAAAAGUGCACAUAAAAAUCUGAGUGAGCUGCGGUCUAGUCUCCUAUUCCAGUCCACUCUUCUGCAGUCACAAUGGCCGACACCGAAAGUGGCAUGGCCGAGCAGCCGCCAAAGAGGAGACUCAAAGUGGAGAAAGAGGCCAAGGAAAACCCCGGCGAGGCGGAGACUGAGUGCUGUGAGAACGAGGCAAAGAGGAACGGCCAGAGCACGGACAGCGACGAUAUCGAUUUGUCGGUGCCAGAGGGGGAGCAACUGGACGAUGAAGAUCCUCCGGUCAUUCCAAAUGCCACAGCGGAAAAACCCUCCCCAGGGAACAAUUCCACAUCCACGUUCCCUCCGGCCGAAAUGCCUACCCUCGAAAAAUCCGACACAGACCCUCUCCUGUCAGCCACCCAAGAGGAGGCCCCCACAGAAGGGCCUGGGUUAACAGUACCAGAGGGAGGAAGCAAUAGUGAAGAGAACGGCAAUGAGGAGGUCAAAGGUGAAGAAGGGGGAGGGGCGGAGGCAGAGGGCUGUGGUGGGGAGGGAAUGGAAUACAUUGAAUGGAAUGCAGACGGCAUCGGCAUCCUGCCUGGGAGUGACAUGAAGUUCAAGUUGAACGAGUUUGGCGUCCUGGAGCUGAUCAUGGAUCCGGACCCCAUCGAGCCUGCAGAUGAGCCCAGCCCGAGCCCUGCACCCACGCCGGCCAGCGAGGCUGGGAGUGACAUCUCCAGCGAAAAGUCAGCCGUCUUCAACAACGACAAGAAAUAUGCCACCUCGUUGGAUGAUCUACAGAAACAACCAGGCAGCAAGCCCCUAAUGUGUGUCUGUGAGCAGUGCUUGAAGGAAGGGCCCAUUACGGAGUUCUGCAAGUCAGGCCGGUUCUGCAGCCAGUCCUGUGUGGGAGCCUAUGCUAGCAAGCAAGGAUCCCUGCGCAAGGAGUCAGAGAAGAAGAAGAGUUCAAACAUGAUGCUGAAGAAGAAAGUGGGUCGUAAACCUAAGAGCCCCGGCCCAGAAGGCAAGGCCCACCUCCACGGAGAUCUAAAGAUGACCAUUAACAUAAAAGGGAUGGACAAAUCGCCCAUUGCAAAUAAGCCAGGCAAGAAAAAAGGCUUCACGUGGAGUACUUACCUGCAGCAGGAACGCGCAUUGGCUGCCCCAGCCAAAUUCUUCAAAGACGCCUUCCCAAGCGGCAAAAACAACUUCAAGGUGGGCAUGAAGUUGGAGGGCAUCGACCCCAAGCACCCGAGCCUUUUCUGCGUCCUGACGGUGGCCGAGGUCCGGGGCUAUCGUAUCCGGCUGCACUUUGAUGGCUAUUCUGAGUGCUACGACUUCUGGGUCAACGCCGACUCGCCAGACAUCCAGCCGGCCGGCUGGUGUGAGAGGACAAACCACAAAUUGCAGUACCCUAAAGGCAGAGGCUUCACGGCUGACAACUUCAGUUGGAGCUCUUACCUCAAGAUGACAAAGUCACAAGCGGCUCCAAGGUCACUGUUCAAGAGUUACGAGAAUGACUGCGUGACCCCGCAGGGGUUCCGCAAGGGCAUGAAGCUGGAGGCCAUCGACAAGAAGAACCCCUCCCUGAUCUGCGUGGCCACCGUGGCCAAUAUCAUGGAGAGCCGUUUCCUCAUCCACUUUGACGCCUGGGAGGACACGUACGACUACUGGUGCGACUCCUCCUCGCCCUACAUCCACCCCGUGGGCUGGUGCGAAGAAAACGGGAAAAUCCUGUCUCCGCCCAAUGACUAUGAAGACAUCGUCAACUUCACAUGGGCAGACUACUUGGCUAGAACGAAGUCUGUUGCUGUGCCAACCAGAGCAUUCAAACCGCGGCCACCUGUCGGCUUCGAAGUCGGCAUGCGGCUGGAGGCAGUGGACAUGCGCAACCCCUCCCUUAUCCGCGCGGCCACGGUGGCCGAGCUGGACGGCCACCGGCUCAGGCUGCACUUUGAUGGCUGGACGGACGAUUAUGACAUCAUGGUGGACGACGACAGUCCUGACCUGCACCCAGUGGGCUGGUGCAACAAGACAGGCCACCCGCUGGUCCCUCCCAUCCGGCCCUCCCAGCUGGUCGCCAACCAAGGGCAAGCUGGUUGUCCUACCCCAGGAUGUAACGGAGUGGGUCACAUCAAGGGGGCCAAAUACACUGGACAUCACAGCGCCUUUGGGUGCCCGUACUCCCUCCUGAAUAUGGCCAAGGAGACGACCUUAAUCGAUCGACUAUACACAGGCUCCAAGUCAUUGUCAAAGGACGGGAAGAAGUCACCGGCCGAAUCACCAGAGACAAAGAAAUGCCCCACCCCUGGCUGCGAUGGCUCCGGCCACGUGACGGGCAAAUACUCGGGCCAUCACAAGCUGUCUGGCUGCCCGCUGAACGAGAAGAACCUGAAUGUCGUGAACGGUGGCGAGGGCAAGCUGGUGAACCCCUCCCCCUCGCCCAGCCCCAGGGGUCCCGGCCGUCCCCCACUGCCCCUGGCCCUGGGAAGGGGCAAGCGAAAGCACAAGGGCACUUCCCUUCUCUUGCCACAAAAGAAAAAGAAGAAAUCCCACCCAGACAAGGAUGAAAAAUCGUCCAAGACCAACCUCCACCACCAGCUGCACCAGUCGGUCUUCAUGUCUGCCAUGUCACCCAACCCGGCCAGGGACUUGCCCCUCUGCUGGGAACAGCACUCCAAGCUCUUGCCCGGCCUGGCCAACCUGUCCUGCAGCACCGUGGCCAAGUGGUCCACGGAGGAGGUGGCCGACUUUGUGCGGAAGCUGCCGGGCUGCGGCGACCACGCCUCCAAGUUUGCCGAGGAGCAAAUCGAUGGCGAGGCCUUCUUGCUUCUGACGCAGACGGACAUCGUCAAGAUCAUGACCAUCAAACUCGGGCCGGCGCUCAAGAUCUACAAUGCCAUUCUCAUUCUGAAGAGUGCGGAGGAGGCAUGAAUAACCUCACCAAACAUCAGGUUGCUACACUCCUCGAAAGCUCCCUCCUAUAACGUGGGGAGCCUGCUUUGAUGGAGGGUGGUUCUUUGUAUCUGAAAGGAAUCUGUGAAAGUACAUAUCUUAAGGCAAAGAUGCAGCCGAAAAGGCAGAGUGAUAUUGAGGAUAGCCAGUGCAUGGCUUUUAAGGAGAAGGCUGAUCAAAUACAGUGAACGCUUCAACCGUACGGAUAUGUCAUCACUGUUUGACCAGCAGUACAUUAUGAAGACAACUUCUGAAAUACCCAGUGAUAAAUCCUUAUUUCUCCCCAUGUUGUCUGUAGAACACAGGCUCUGUGUAACAUAGAGGACCAAUGAAAGGGUAUUUGCAUGUCAGUGUUAACCUUUGGUAACGUGUAUUAUAUUAAGGAAGUGAGGCAGGCUAGUUACUUCCGUUACUGAGUAGCCUGUGAAGUGAAGUGGAUGGCAAGGAACCAGUCUGAAAGUGAACGUGAGUUCAUUUGGUGGUGUCAGCCACUGAUUUCUGUGGAAAAAAGUCUGGGCAACUCACUGGCCAUUCCGAGCUGUCGACAAAAGUGAAGUUACACACUGGUUGCUGAACCCUAGCUACAUUGUAAUGUGCAGAGGGAACCAGUCUCAACUGCUCCCAUCAUUCAGAAAAAAACCUUUACCGAUCUACAGAUUGUGGCAAUAUAGAGGACAGUGACUUCACUUCUGACAGCCAGUGGUCUGUCCAGACUUUUUUUUUAAACCUAAGAAAAGUAGUAGCAGUGAACCCUUAUCACGUUCAGCAUCAGGUUUUUAUUACAUCGCCGAGUGAGAACUGUACAGCGAGUCCAAGACUGCCAAUCUGUGAAACAGAGGGCGACAGCUCAGAGCGAUCCUGCCAGAUCCAAGGGAUGCCAAGUAGCAUAAAGUUUCAAACUCACCUGUAGAUGAUGGAGCCCAGAAUGUAACAUACAUGUAGCACAGUAAAGUGGAGUACAUUGUUAUGCUUUCCACAGUCUGCCCCAGACUGGUGCUGCUUCAUGAAUUAAGUGGUUUUUUUUUUUUUCUCUUCAGUGCAGAAGUCAGUACCAGUAUGUUCCAAAAUGUAAAUAAAGACCGCCCCUGCAUUUGGGUAAAAGGGGGAGGGGCAUUAAUGUUUAAAGAAUAACGGCUGUGCUUUGCUUUCCUACAGUGUAGAGGCGAGGUGAGGCCGAAACGCCAAGCAUCACUCAUUUCUCAUGGUAGAUUCUGCCCUGAGUUAUUAGAGUAGGUGGGCAGUGCACAAGUGCACCAGGUUGCCAAGAACAUCAUCAGGUUUUAACACGAGGAAUUGUGAAAAGCAUGUUAACUUUUUCCUUCGAAAGUGUAGCCAACAGUACUGUGGUUAAGACAAUUUACUGGUAAAAGGAAACUCGAUAUGAAGAAAUUAUGCCAAAAUUCCCUUAAAAUGAAGAUAAACGAACGUAGAUUGACUUAAAUGAACUGAAAUACAUUACUAGGAAAUGAGACCAUCAAAUGCAGCUGUAGUUAUCAAGUACAGUGCUACCAAGAAUUUAAAAUCCAUCUCUUUGAUUGUGUCAUCCAAGUUAUUUAUAGUCUCAGGUUUCCAUUCCGUCCCUGCCUCGUGGGACCAGGUAGCAAGUACAGAUUAUCACAGACGUCUCUUCCGUUGGACUUCCUCUCCAAAAUCAUGACUAGUUGGCGUGUUCAUGUGUCCAUGGAUUUCACGGUAUAAUCUGCUACAUUUUGAUGGCUCUUUUUAUACACCGUAACUGAAACAAGUAAUUUCCUUUCUAGUGUGUUAUUUUCAUACAAAGUAAUGGAAAUGUGCAACGUUUCAAGACAUUUUUAAAAAUAGUUUCCUAACCCGGACCCCACGUACGCUGUAGGCUUGGAUAAAUUAACCUUAGAAGAUUUCUGCCUUGUUAAAUUGCAUGUUUCCAUUUCAAAGGCAUAUACAUGUAAUUCUCAAAUCCUUUAGAGGAUUUUGGAAUCACACGACUGCUGAAAAAAAAAAGGCAAAAUUCAUAUUUUGGACAGGCUAAAGCUUUUUCUUGCGUAAUUGUAGUUUAAAACAGUUUUAUUGUGAUCAAACUUGGUGAACCAUUUUGAAUGUUUCAUCACAGCAUAUACUAAAGAUUCAAAAGUGGAAAAACCUGCAGCCACUUGCCAUUGCCAUUGCCCAACGUAGCAAACCAUCCCAUAGUGCUUAUAGCCUCGAGCCAGUCACAUGUAUAGACCAAAUUGGUGUCUACUGUACGUUGAAUGAAUCAUGGCUGGGACUGAUGUCUAAAAAUAGUUUGACCUUGUCUGGAUAGCUGAGGUGUAGUACUUUUAUCUUGAAAGAUCUCUGCAAUACAGAUCUGACCAGGCAGCUGUGCUACAAAUGUAUGUGUGAGCAGCAUGCAUGCCAUCGAGCUGCUCCGUUGUGUUGAAAUGACCUAUGUUAGGUCGGUUAUAAAUAUCGCCUCCAACAGGGAUGACUAGUUUCUUAUGUCAUUGCCAACUGUUACAAAACCCCUGCUUGUUGGAUGUUAUUUGUGCACAUGCGGAGGAUUUCGCUUUUGUCCAGAUUGUUACCCCAAAGUAUUUAACACUACUUAGGUUGUUCUCAAGAAUACAUGUUUUGGAACCAACAUAAGGGUAUAAAAUGUGUUAUUGUACAUAAAGAAACACUUGGCCUCAAGUUUUACUAUAUCCUCACUAUUAAUGUUAAAUUGUUAGCAUUAACCUUUUUUCAAGUCUGACAGUUACAGUAAAUGACCGUAAUGUGGUGUACCAUAUGAACUAAAUAAAGAAGCCGUUGGCUCAUGUAACUUUA